AUGUCCGGCAUUGGUGGCCACAUAGAAAAAUUCGAAAGUCACAUAGUAACCGUUGAAAUCGGAACGGCUUUCGGAGAAGAGAUGGAGUUAACUAUUCAAACAAAGCCUGUCAUAACAAACGGCUUCCCCAGCGUCAACCUGGCACCAUCCGAUAUUACUUUCUUGAAGGCGAAUAGAAUAUGUCUCGCCAAUUCAAAGCGCCAGUCGACAGGGAGGAAUGAUACGAAAUUUUCUCUUCUCGCACAGGAUGCUGUUGGGACAUAUUAUAUUCCGCCGAAGCAUUUUGCAAAAAGUGCAAAAGACUCCACCGGACUCGUCUUGGAUUCUAAGACUCCCAUUAGAGUUGACUUCGCUCGCCCCAGUGGUUCUUUAAAACUGGGCCACUCUCGCAUUUCUCGCGCACAUCAAAUGCCUACGAAAUUAGCCAGUGAAACCGCCAAUCAAUUUAUAUGUAGGCAGAUAUUCUGCACUUGUGCAAGCGAGAUCAAUAAAAGAAGUCCCAUUCAAAAUAACGAGAGCUCCAACAGCAAUGUUUGCUCAGAAUAUGGGCAGUGA